AUGGCGCAAUGGUGGCGCUCCGCCGCCGGCCAUCUCCGAUCAGUGGAGGCGAACCGUACGUCCUCUUUAUCGUCACUCCGUCGUAGUCAUUACCAUACAAUCCAAGCAAUCCCGAGAGAAAGCACCGGCAGUAAAGUCGCAGCCAGAGACAGAAUGCAAGGUCGAAUACCGGCCGUCGUUUUCUUCCAGAACCUUCUUGACAAAACCCCUGACUCACGAUCCACGUCAAGGAAACAUUUACUCACCGUCGAGAAGAAGCAGAUUAAGGCAGUGCUCAAUUCCAUUGAAGCACCGUUCUUCUGUUCCACCCGUUUUCCGCUCCAGAUUCGUGCUGGAUCCGGAUCCACUCAUUUGCUUGAAAGCGGAACCGUGCUACCUGUCAAGAUUCAUAAGGAUAAAGAGAGUGGGAAUAUUUUGAACUUGGUGUUUGUUUGGGCUGAAGAUGGAACGAAUUUGAAGGUUGAUGUUCCUGUUGUUUUCAAAGGUGAAGAUGUUUGCCCCGGUCUUCAGAAAGGUGGUAUUUUGAAUAAGAUCAGACCUAGUCUUACAUAUCUUUGUCCUUCCGAGCACAUUCCUUCAAAAAUUGAGGUGGAUAUCAGCAAUCUAGAUAUUGAAGAUAGGAUAUUCAUGCGUGAUAUUGAGGUUCAUCCAUCUUUGAAGCUUCUUAGUAAGAAUGAAAACAUGCCCAUAUGUAAAAUAGUUUCAACAAGUGUGGGAAACCAAGAACCAGUUGUUGAAAGUGCAUUUGAUGAGACAAAUGCAGAGACUUCCAAAUAA